GCAAGAAGAGAAACCCUGGGCUGAAAAUUCCUAAAGAAGCAUUUGAGCAACCACAGACAAGUUCCACGCCACCCAGAGAUCUAGACUCCAAAGCCUGCAUCUCUAUUGGCGAAGAGAACUUUGAGGUGAAAGCUGAUGACCUGGAGCCCAUCUCCGAGCUGGGACGAGGUGCGUACGGGGUGGUGGAGAAGAUGCGGCACAUGCCUAGCGGGCAGAUCAUGGCAGUGAAGCGGAUCCGAGCCACAGUGAACAGCCAGGAGCAGAAGAGGUUGUUGAUGGAUCUGGAUAUCUCCAUGAGGACGGUAGAUUGCCCCUUCACUGUCACCUUUUAUGGGGCACUUUUCCGAGAGGGAGAUGUGUGGAUUUGCAUGGAGCUGAUGGAUACCUCACUGGACAAAUUCUACAAACAUGUCAUUGACAAAGGCCUGACGAUUCCUGAGGACAUCUUAGGGAAAAUAGCUGUCUCUAUUGUAAAAGCACUAGAACAUCUACACAGUAAGCUCUCCGUGAUCCACAGAGAUGUAAAGCCCUCUAAUGUGUUGAUCAAUACGCAGGGGCAGGUGAAAAUGUGCGAUUUUGGCAUUAGCGGUUACCUCGUUGACUCGGUUGCUAAAACCAUGGAUGCAGGAUGCAAACCCUACAUGGCUCCUGAAAGAAUUAACCCGGAGCUGAACCAGAAGGGGUACAGCGUCAAAUCUGACAUCUGGAGCCUGGGGAUCACGAUGCCGGCGGAGAAGUUCUCAGCGGAGUUCGUCGAUUUUACCUCGCAAUGCUUGAAGAAGAAUUCCAAAGAGCGGCCAACAUACCCAGAGCUUAUGCAACAUCCUUUCUUCACCCUGCACGAAUCCAAAGAGACAGACGUCGCCUCUUUUGUCAAACUCAUCCUGGGAGACUGAGAACUGGACUUGUACAUGAAUUGCCCUUCUGUGGACUGGUGGGUGCAGGGGAGGGGCGCGUGGCAGGACUUGUCAUGGAAGCACCAACAGAAAGCCGCCGUGUUUCGCUGUGUUUUGUUUUUAUGCUGAGAACCCCCCCGCCUCGCCGAAGUUUUUAAAAGGGUUCUUUGGUAUCCAUAGUGACAUAGAACGAGCUGGGUAGUUAAAUGAAUUUUAAUAAGGUUGGAAACCUUAAAACAAAAAACAAAACAACAAAAAAACCCCCCAUGUUAAAGAGUGAUUUACAUAUUUAAUGACAGUCAAAGUCCCUCUUCCUAACUUCCUCCUCAUCCCCCUCUCCCUUCCCUCUGAACCAGAAUUUGCUUUGUCAUGGUAAUAGGUGCUAUGGUAGUCAUGAAGUUGUAUGUAGAUUUAUAUUUUGUCCCUUCCAUUAUUUUAAUAUUUAUGUUAAGUGCUUGAUGGAAUAGAUUUCUGUUUUAUAUGA